AUGAGACAAAAGUCAAGAGAGUACAUGUUGAUGAAACCAAAACAGUACUCGUUCUCAGAACGCAGGAACAUGCAAAGUGGAGCAAGCUACAAAGGUCGUCAUGGUACAAGCCUAGAGACGACAGGGACAAACGUAGUUCAUGCGCCAAUUGUGGAUCAGCGGAUCAUCAUGUGGCAGGUUGCACGACAUACAAGCAAGGAGGCGGUGAAGAAUCAGAAUCACCCGAAACACAAACUGGCACUGGCUGCAGUGCAAAAUACCAGGAAUACACAAGCUGAAAAUGAUUUGAACAAAAAAGCAGCAGCUGGUGGUACCCCUGAGGAAACAGGAUUCUGGGACAAGACAGGAUUUUCUUGCGGGCUGGUGCUGUUUCAAUGGAAGAAGAUGCCCUUUGGCCUUUGCAAUGCCACAGCCACGUUGCAACGAUUGAUGGCACAUGCACUGACAAGUGUAACGAAGAAAUAUGCUAAUUUGGUAAUGUGUUACGUGGAUGACGUGGUGAUUGUGACACCUACUCCAAUGGAUCACACCGAAGGAGUAGACGAGGUGUUCGCUUGCAUGAAAAGAGCAGGACUAAAAUGCAAGCCAUCGAAGUGUUAG